AUGGUGAUGGUACAAGACAAAGUAUUGAAACGCCAAAUUGAGAAGAUAAAUACCAGGUUACUCAAUCACCUUGUUAGGGCUUGGAUCCGCGCGUAUGGAAGCAGGUUUCUCACAUCAAAGGCAAAGCAGAAGGAGAAGGGUUCGACUAGGAGUAAGGUUACAUCUGUUUUCCUUAAAUUUGCUUAA